AUCUACAAAUCCAUGAACACGAAAUCACUGCAAAAAAAAUUAGUGAAAAUUCCGUUGCAGAAUUUGUUAAUAUUCAUGUAGAACAAUUGAUUUAUUUUUUUAUUUUUUUUAAUAAUUUUGUUUUGCAGUGUGAAAUGGUACUGAGCAAUCUGACGUUGUCCCCAACGAUUCCUCCAUCUUCUUCUUUGUUCUUCUUCAUUAGAAGCUCUACUGUCUGUGAAAUUUCAGGCUUUGAAUCCCUAAUCACCAACGGCUGCUGCUUCCGUUUCCACACCGCGAGGAGCCGCUGGAAAUGCGGCGCUAUCGACACUCGCGGCGGAGGCGUCGUCGGCAUUGUCGAGAACAACGCGCCGGUUUCGUCUUCUGCUUCGCGAGGAGAAACCGUAGCGGGAAACGCGGUUGUUGAUAUUCCGGUUAGUUGUUACCAGCUGAUCGGCGUUUCGAGCCAGGCUGAGAAAGACGAGAUUGUGAAGUCGGUGAUGAAUUUGAAGAGUGCUGAGGUUGAUGAUGGUUACACUAGUGAUGUUGUCGUUUCUCGUCAGGAAGUUCUGAUGGAUGUGAGGGAUAAACUACUUUUCGAAACGGAAUACGCCGGAAAUUUGAAAGAGAAGAUUCCGCCUAAAUCAUCUCUUCGAAUUCCAUGGCGUUGGUUGCCUGCUGCUGUUUGCCUUCUUCAAGAGGUUGGAGAAGAGGAACUUGUCCUUCAAAUUGGGAGGGCAGCUAUUCUGCGUCCAGAUGCUAAGCCAUAUAUUCAUGAUUUACUUUUAUCAAUGGCACUUGCUGAGUGUUCAAUUGCAAAGAUAGGUUUCGAAAAGAAAAAGGUCUCUGAAGGAUUUGAAGCUCUUGCUCGUGCUCAGUCUCUUCUCAGGAGUACAAAGUCUCUUAAACAGAUGGCGUUGUUAUCUCAGAUAGAAGAAUCUUUGGAGGAACUUGCACCUGCAUGCGCAUUGGAGUUAUUAGGCUUGCCUCGAUCACCUGAAAAUGCUGACAGGCGACGCGGAGCGAUUGCAGCCCUGCGUGAACUGGUCAGACAGGGGCUUGAUGUGGAAGCAUCUUGCCAGGUCCAAGAUUGGUCAUGCUUCUUGAGCCAAGCUCUUAAUCGGCUGUUGGCCUCAGAAGUAGUUGAUAUUCUUCCCUGGGAUAAUUUAGCAAUGGCAAGGAAGAAUAAGAAAUCAAUUGAAUCACAGAAUCAAAGGGUUGUAAUUGAUUUUACCUGUUUCUACGUGGCAUUGGUUGCUCAUAUUGCUCUUGGAUUUUCAAGCAAGCAAACUGACUUGAUUAUCAAAGCAAAAACUAUAUGCGAGUGUUUGACAACAUCAGAGGAUGCUGAUCUAAAGCUUGAGGAGGCUUUCUGUUUGUUCAUUCUUGGACAGGGAAGUGAGGUUGAGGUUAUUGAAAAGCUUAAAAAGCUUGAAUCAACUUCAAAUCGUGCACCCCAAAAUUCUAUUACAGGAAAGGAGAUGCUAGGCAGUUCUAAGACAAAAUCAUCAUUGGAAAUUUGGCUGAAGGAUGCUGUGCUUUCUCUCUUUCCUGAUACAAGGGAUUGUUCUCCUUCUUUGGCCAACUAUUUUGGUGGUGAAAGAAAAGCUCUUAGGAGCAAGAAAAGUAAUGGUGCCCCUCAAACCAUCGCUAAUGUAGGCCAUAGAUCACUAGCUACUGCUCUUGCAUCUGAGAGGAAAGAUUUUGAGGAUUCCCUUCCCCGUAUGAAAUCUUCUCUACAUAUUGUAUCAACUGUUAAGCAAUCACCACCCACUGAUUUGCAAAGCCCUUUUGUAACGGGUGAAAAUAGCAGCGGGAACAAUGUCAAUGAUUCAGUUCAGUUGGAAAGAAAAUUCGUGGGAAAGCAGAAUAAAGCUUGGGAAAGUUGGUUUUCCCAGAGUAACGUCACUGAAAGGGUAACUUUUGUUGCCGUAUUGGGUUGCAUUAUUUUAACUGGCUUUAAGGUUUCAGGAAUGAAACUGAGUGGGGUCGGGAGUAUGCCAAUAUGGGCCUCAGUUAAACCACAUAUGAGUACAAGUUCCCUUAACCGUAAAGGAGAUUCUUUCUUGGACCACAACUCUGCUCAUAUCAAGGCAAGUGGUAUUGGUGGUAGGAUAAAGGAACUCCUGGAAUUGGCUAAGGUUCAAUUCAUAAACCCUUCAGAAGCUAUGAAUUCAAAAGCUUCCCGCCUUCCUGCUAGCCUGUCAACUUCGAUCACAGCAGUGGAGAGGAAGCAAAUGUUUGUACAAGAAGCUGAAGCUCUUGUCAGGCAUUGGCAAGCAAUUAAGGCUGAAGCUCUGGGACCUAACCAUCAGGUUGACUCCCUUUCUGAAGCCCUUGAUGAGUCAAUGUUAAUUCAGUGGCAAGCGUUGGCUGAUACGGCGAAAGCUAAAUGUUGUUAUUGGAGAUUUGUUUUGCUGAAAUUGACCAUUCUUCGAGCGGACAUUCAAAUGGAUGUAAACAUGGGGGAGAUGGCCGAAAUCGAGGCUCUCCUUGAGGAAGCAGCAGAGCUUGUUGAUGAGUCUCAGCUAAAGAAUCCUAAUUAUUACAGCACAUAUAAAAUUCGAUAUAUUCUUCGGAGGCAAGAUGACGGAUCAUGGAAAUUCUGUGGAGGCGACAUCGGAAUGCCAUCAUGAGACGAAACAUCAUUCAUAACAAGCCACGGUGAGUAGACUGCUAAUCUUUUCAUAACGGUUGUGUGUUUCUGUAGUAGCAAACACCAACUUAAGCUCGGUUUCGAGUUCAUUCUUAGGAGGAUUAGGAUUUCAUCUAGACCUAACAUUUCGUGUUUCUUUUCGUUUUCGUGUCAUUAUCACGUUUAUCGAAUCAUACACUGUAUUUUUUUCGACAUGUUAAUAAAUUUUCUGUUCAUA